AUGCCUUACUAUUGUACGGUGCCGCGGUGUACGUCGAUGGCAGGGAAGGCGAAGAAUGUAUCUUUUCAUCAAUUUCCAAGGGACGAAGAACUUGCUAAACUAUGGAACAAGAUUUUAAAACGAGGGAAACCUUAUACAAAAUAUUCUAAAGUGUGCAGUUUACACUUUAAACCUGAAGAUUAUAGCAUAACAAGUGUUGGAAAAAAUAAAGGUCAGUGGAGGACCCUACGUAAGGAUGCAAUACCCUCUCAGAAUCUGCCCUCCGAUUCACCAGUGCCUUACCACAGACACAGAAAUACUGACUCUUGGCAUGCAGAAAGCCCGUCUUCAGGUAUAAUAGAUACUCAGGUACACCAACAUAUGGCACAAGCUAUCUACAUGCAGACAAUGUUGGCUAUGCAAGCCGCUGGUAGCUUUGAAGGGAAUGACUCCAAUAAUGACUCCCAACAGAACGACGAAGCGCAUUCCUCCAGCGAAAACCACAGAGAAAAGAGCCAAUCACCAAUCGCAAACGGUUUCAAAGCUUCGCUCAGAUGCUCAGAGUGCUCAAAAUACUUCAAAGACCCCGACGUUUUUGUUUUACACCAGAGGACACACAGAAAGCACAACGAAAAGGAGAAUCUUAAUACAAAUACAGAAGAAUUGAAACCGGAAAUGGACAAUUUCAAUAUAAACGGUGAGAAUACGCUUAAAUCCAAUCCGAUAUUAGCCAAUCUUCUAAAAUCCACAGAAGUAAACCAAUCAGAUGUACAUGAGAACGUUUCUAGUAUAGAGAAUCAUAUAAUGGCAGCUGUUAAAGUCAGCAUGGAGACUUAUUUGAGAAAUUUAUUGAUUUCUCAAAGUAUUUUGCCCGAUGCGGUCGAUGAAAAAUCUAGUGAUCUGAAUUCGGAUUGUGAUAGAGGAGUUACUGUUCCGACUGAUACUAGUAAUUGUACUGUUAAUGAUGGUACGUAG